CCCACUGUGAUCACCUCCCGCUUUGCCAGCAACAAGGAACAACAUGGCGUCUGUACUGACUCUCCCAGGCGUGUUCGCGGUGCUGUGUUUCUUCUUUCUGAGUGUACUGCAGCCCGUAGAGGCUUAUGACGGCGGGGACGCCGUGGCUCUGCUCUUGGGGAUGGCCAUCACUGUGGUCGGCUUCUGCGCGUGCCUCGGUUGGUACUCACGGAGACGCAGCGGACAGUUUUGAUACGACUUGUAGGCCUGAGGUCCGGAAAUGUCGCUGCUCGCUUCCUGAACCCCGAAAAUCCGCGCUAGCUGGCCACACUUUCCCGAACGUGUGGCGGUUAAAAGACUCUUGAAAUGAAGGCGACUCGACUCGAGGGUCCGAGUUAUAAAAGAGGGAAGUUGUGUUACAGCACCAAAACCGGAGAGACAGUAUGCUGUUUAAAGUCAAGAUGCACUUCCAGUGGACACACCGGGAUCAUGGCAUUCAACCACAUCUGUACAUCUGGACUUUCCUAUACUUUGUUGUACGACGACGUCCAUACUUACAAGGCCACACUCUCUUCUUCCUCUUGUUAUUACACAUAACUGUCAUUCCACUGUUCCCUGAAAAAAUGUGCCCUGAUGUCACUCUUCAGAUUUUUAAGCACUGAAAGUCGUGUUGCCUCUGCUGUUUUGCACUUAAAAUGUGUGGUCUUAAUAUAGUGAGCUAUACCUGAAAGAUCAUUGCUUCUUGCAUAUGCUUAUUUUCUGUAAUAAACUCUAUGAAUGCUG